AUGGACGCACCAAUAUCCCAAACGAACCCCAACAGUGGGUGGAUCAACCUCCGAGGGUCAUGGCUCACAAACUUGUUGAUGAUGGUGCUGAUAAGACUGAGCAUGUCGGUGCUGCCAGGGAUAUCGACGGAAGCGUCCUGGACACUGACGAACCUGAUCUACAAUGUGUCUACAUUCGUGAUGUUUCAUUGGGUGACGGGGAUCCCGUUCAAUCUGAAUCAAAAUGAGUACGAGGGCCUCACGUUAUGGGAGCAGAUGGACAACGGAGUGCAGUUCACACCGUCGAGGAAGUACCUUACCGCCAUGCCAAUCCUACUAUUCCUGAUCAGCACGCAUUACUCGCACUACGAUUUCCCAACAUUCAUGGUGAACCUCACCUCGGUGAUAGUUGUUCUGAUAGCAAAGCUGCCAGCGAUGCACAAAGUCCGGAUCUUCGGUAUCAACAAAAGCUACACAGACUAG